CAGACACGGCUCAGAAACGCACUGGGCAGCGACUCAUGCGGACGAGUUGCUACGACCGCAAGGAAGCUGCAGCAAGCGACCGUUUGGCAGCCAGUACUGUCCUUUUAGAGAGGUUGCACAACUAAGAAUCUUUGCGCUUAGUAAUAUCCACCGCAAGUGAAUAUUGCUGUACACCGUUCAGCCGUUCUGUUGUGGUUCUGUUUACCGUGACGUGAGGAUAGCUUCAGCGGUGAUCGCUACGGUGCACUCUUACCAGUACAGUGCCAGAAAGUGUAACAAAAAGAGAGUACAGAAAAAUAUCCUGGAUAUAUCGUUGAUCGGUAAACUUAAGUGGAUGUGUGCAACCGAAACAGUGUACUUGUGUAAAGUGUCGACGUGCAGUGCGGAGGCAGUUACAUGAGAGUUAGAUCACACUUUUAUCCCAAAGUGUAUCGUAGCUCAUCCGUGCACAGUGUGCGUUAGUGUUUCGAGUGGCGAGAGAUCGAAAAAAAAAGUUACUAACACAUUCGUGAACUAGUGCGUACUUAUCAGAAUGACACCUAUUCUAAGCCGUCUACGGACGGUAAGCACAAUUGUGCUUUUAAUUCCGAUGGCUAUGUCCAUGGUAGUGAUCGAUAGCAACACAUACGAUGUCACUCAUUUAGAUAUUUCAACGGAUCCUUCGGUAGAUACAACGACGGAGCUGCAAUACUUUUCGCUCCCGGACAACACUAGCGUCGCCGUGCCAAUACACCUGACGCUGGACGAAAGGAUACAGCUGGAGACGCUCACAUGGCACUGGUAUCCUUGGCGAAGGAUCAACUACGAUGUAUUGCCCGAUGGUAAAAAGGUUGAAAUGUUCUGCGAAGGUGGCUCCUCGAUGGACGAUUUGCCCGAUGAUAUAUUCACACAGGAACAACGGAUGCAGGGUGCUAUCGUACUCCACUUCGUCGGUGCCAUCUACUUCUUCACGAUGGUGGCGUACAUCUGCAGCGAGUAUUUUUUGCCUUCGGUAGAGUGCAUCUGCGAGGAUCUUAACCUCACACAGGAUGUUGCAGCCGCUACCUUCAUGGCCGUCGCUUCCACCAUGCCAGAGUUUUUCACCAAUACCAUCAGCACGUUCAUUGCAGACUCCGACAUGGGCCUCGGAACGGUUAUGGGGUCACUGCUGUUCAACACACUCGGCGUGGCAGGAUUAGCUGGGUUGGCAACGAAAGCGCCUGUUCAACUGGACUGGUGGCCGCUAACACGCGACUCGAUCGUAUUCUCUGCACACGUCGCACUACUGGUUGGGUUUGCAUGGGACGGCCGAAUCUACUGGUACGAGGCGAUGGUGUUCUUUAUCCUGUUUUUCGUCUACUUCGUGCUGAUGUUUCAAAACAAGCGGCUCAUGAAGAUUGCGAAAAAAUACAUCGAGGUAAAGUGGAAUCUGUGUGCGCGAGUCAUUCGUAACAUCGAGGAGGACGAACGGAUCGCAGCGGAAGCGCAGGCACAGCAGGAAAUUGGUACCAUUCCAAAUCUUGCACGAAAAACGCUCGAGAAACCAGCGUUCCGAGCAUCGACGGCUUCAAUACUGUCCGAGCAAAUGGCUGAGACUAAGAUGAAGAUGGGUGAAUUGCAAAUUCCCGCUCGUCAUGUUGUUGAAGACCCGGGCGAGUAUGACGACAUGACGCUAUGGAAAAUCUCGUCAGAAACGUGGUACCGAGCGAUUUGGUGGUGGUACAGUUGGCCACUGCGAUUCAUCACGCACUUUACCAUCCCGCUACCUGCCACGAUGCGCCGCUGGUACCCGCUCACUUUCAUCAUGUGCAUCGUGUAUCUGGCGGGAUGUGCUUUCAUGAUCUUCUGGCUGCUCUCAAUCAUCGGAUACACCUUCGACAUCCCGGAGUCGGUGAUGGGUUUGACGUUCCUGGCCUUUGGCGGAUGUAUGCCGGAAGCCGUGUCGGCAGUGUUGGUCAUUCGUUCGGGCAGCGGCGCCAUGGGUGUCUCAAAUGCGAUGGGUGCCAACUCGCUGGCCAUCUUGUUUUCGCUCGGUUUGCCGUGGUUCAUCCGUACGCUGGCCGAUGGUGGAAGCAGCAACAAUUCGUACAUCGUGAUUGCCUCGUACGGACUGCAAUACUCGAUUAUUGCUUUGCUUGGUGCGAUUGCAUGGUUGUACGUUGUGAUCUACAUUGCCGUAUACAAGCUGCGCAAGCGCGUCGGCAUGGUUUUGUUCGUCGGGUACGGUAUCAUUGUCGCUUUCAUGAUCUUGAACGAGCUAGAUAUCAUCAUUCCUUCCGGCGAAGAGUGUUAGCUGGGGGUACCGUUUUAGGCAGUCCCUACGAAUACGUGUAUGUAUACUCCCUGUAGACAUCGGCAACGUUUCUACUCUCAUUCGGUGACAUCCAAGUGGAAUACUCCCCAACAAAAUGCUCAAAAUCCCCUGUCCGGAAGUGUCCAGAAGCUCAGGAAAAUAGCCUUUGAGUGAUGAUUAGUGUUUAAGAAUGGCUUAAAAAUAUGAGUUUGAUUAGUUUUACUAGUUCCCUUCCGUGCCUAUCCAUUCCCAAAGAUGUACCAUUCGUUAACGCUCGAAGGUACAGCCCGUACCAGAAAAAACCAUCGCAGCAAAUGUUAGUAGUAAUAGUUAAGUGUAGAAUGUUUAUAAAUUACAGCAAAAUAACCUACUUAUCACCACCAAUACCAGGACCUUUCUUUUCGUUGCUUUUUUGAAAUACGUUCAUGUGAUAUUUACGUUUGACCAAAUGGAUAACUCAGUGGCCGACUGGCGCGCGGAUUUACUAUCUGCUGCCGUCGCUGUUGCUGCAGUUUAUGUACACCGCUCUGACUACAUUUGUGACUGACUAUAGCUAGUUGUGCACUGGAUGAAACUUUUCCUCGAACGUUUAUUGCUUUUUUUUCUAAAUUUUGAUCAACAAUUGGCACGAAUCAGCGUCGCAAUAGAUCGACGAGCGAAAGCAAAAGUAGCAGCUUUGCAGUUUGCAACAGCAACUGCGGGCAAUGGAAGGAUAGUACGUUGUAAUUAUUGCAUGUAGCUAGCGAACUACUACGGAUUCUACCAUCAGUUAUGCAACUACGCCGUGUUCAAUAUUGAGGAUAUUCGAAUGGUGCACCAUGAAAAUAAAAUACUCUGUUGCGUUUUCGAGAAAGCGCCCGAAACGUUA